UUCCUUCUGCCUUCAGUUGUGUUCUCCCCCCUGAAUCUUGCUAUCUCUCUGGAUUUACUUGAAGCGAUUUGAAUGUGUCUUGACUUCCUCUGGGUUUUAAUGUUCUCGCUCAGGACGCCUGACAUGGAUCUGGCCAGACUUCAUUACUCCUUAAGCACUUCUUCAAUGGAAUCCCACGUUUGAAUCCUGAACACCAACCACCAAAUAAAAGCAAGCUAUUUUGCAUAAUCGUAGAGAUGAGAUAACCUUAUGCUAUGACACUCAGAUGCGAACAUCAGGUAGCCAGCUAAUUUGCCACUUCUCCAUGAAGAACAACAAUAUGAUAAUCCACCUUAAUCCUUGAAAUUUUAUUCCUUCCUCAAGGAAGAGGAGGAAAACUGGACCAACAUGAGGCUACAAAUGCCACGAGCAACAGACAUAAUUAUUUCACUGCUUUCUCUUCAUGUUUGGCUUGUGAACUGUCAUUCACCUCCUGGAAAGCCUACCAUAAGCUGUCAGUCUUCAGGAAAUGAAACAUUUACUUGCUGGUGGAAACCUGAUCCAUACGGAGGACAACCUACAAAUUACUUUCUACUGUACAAUAUAGAAGGGGAAGAACAAACCCAUGAAUGUCCAGACUACGUAUCAGCGGGCCCCAAUUCCUGCUAUUUUGAUCAGAGUUUCACCAGCCUUUGGAAAACAUACAACAUCACAGUAAAAGCCACUAACGAUGUGGGCGUUAAUAUCUCUGAUCUCCAUUAUGUGGACAUAAGAACAUUAGUAAAGCCAGACCUUCCCAUGGAUCUAUCCCUGGAAGUAAAACAACUAAAUGGUAUAACAUACAUAGAGGCAAAAUGGUCACCACCUCUGCAUGCUGUCGAUGCAACAAGCUGGCUAGCAUGUAAUUAUGAAGUGAGACUGAAACCCGCUGGAGAGGAAGAAUGGCAGACUCAUUUCGUUGGCAAGCAGACAUAUUAUAAAACGUCUCAGUUGGGGCCAGGAACAAAAUACAUAUUUCAGGUUCGCUGUAUAAGGGACCAUGGGGAAAAGAGUAAAUGGAGUCCAGAAAGAUACAUCCAGCUGCGCAGUGGCCAACCUCCGGGGAAGCCAGAAAUAUUAAGAUGUCGAUCUCCUGAGAAAGAAACCUUUACUUGUUGGUGGAAGCCUGGUUCUGAUGGAGGCCUUCCUACCAAUUACACUCUGCUGUAUAACAAGGAAGGAGAGAGGAGAUACUAUGAAUGCCCAGACUACACAACAGCAGAACCCAACUCUUGUUAUUUUGAUAAAAAACAUACUUCGCUUUGGAUAACAUAUAAUUUUACUGUAAAGGCAAUUAAUGAGAUGGGGAGUACAGUAUCCGACCCUUAUUAUGUGGAUGUGGCUAACAUAGUUCAACCCGAUCCUCCAGAAAACCUGUCUCUGCAAUUUGAGAAAAAAGUAUAUGGAGAAUACCUGCUGUUGAACUGGGAUCCACCUUCGCUGGGUGACGUCAAAUCUGGCUGGCUAACCCUUGAAUACGAGUUGCACAUAAAGCCUGAAGAAGGACAAGAGUGGGAAAAAAUAUUUGUUGGGCAAAGAACAACAUAUAAGAUGUUUAGUGUAAAUCCAGGAGAGAGGUACAUUGCACAAGUUCGGUGCAGGUCAGACCAUGGCUCUUGGAGCGAAUGGAGUCCUCAGAGUUUUAUUAAGCUCCAAAAAGAGGUCAGACUGAAGGAUAUUCUCGUUUGGAUUUUUGUGGCCUGUUUGUCAUUCGCAGUAUGUUUGAUCUUGAUCUGGACGCUGGCACUGAAGCGAACUAAUGUGGUGGCUCGUAUUCUGCCACCCGUACCGGGUCCCAAAAUAAAAGGCUUUGAUGCCCAGCUAUUAGAGGCAGGAAAAACAGAAGAACUGCUGAGUGCUCUGGAUUGCCAGGGUUUCCUUCCGACUUCAGACUAUGACGACCUUCUGGUGGAAUUUCUGGAGAUAGAUGAGAGUGAAGAUCAGCAGCUAAUGCCAAGUUGUCAAAAGUGUCAUCCCAAUAAAAAGUCACACCAUGAAACGGACAGCGACUCUGGCAGAGGCAGCUGCGAGAGUCCUUCCCUCUUGUCAGAGAAACGGAAGGACACCAGGAAUCUAGUAGAAUUGAAAAUGCCAGAUACCAAAGAAAUGCAAAUGAACAGUGGUAUAAAAAGCGCACAGGAAGUCCCAGAGACAGACUUUGAAGGGCCAGUAUCCUGGCUUAGCAGUGGUGGACCACGGGCAUCCACAUGGCCUGGAGUUCUGCUUCUUAACUGUCCAACUCCAAAAUGUUCCUAUUGUGACAAUACAGGAGUACGUAAAAUGGCACUCAGUGCCUCAAAUAUAAAGACGUCGCCUCCUCUGAUGGGAAGGGAAGAAAAAAGUCUUCAUUUCCAAUUGCCUACACCCACUGAAACUGUUCAUAAAGGAGUACCAACCCAAUUGGAAGAUGCAGCAAAGUUUCCCCAAAGUGUUCUCAAUGACCAAGGAACAUCAUGGCCACUCCCUCCAGACAGGGCACUUCCCUUAUCCACAAAGCUGAUGGAUUAUGUAGAAGUUCACAAAGUCAGCCCUGAGGGAGCACUGGCUGUUUUGCCGAAACAGAAAGAAAAGGAGGGCAAAACAGAAAAGCAUCUGGUUCCCGGAGAUACAAAUGAAUAUACCAGGGUUUCGACCGUUGUUGCCAACCAUAUUCUGGUGUUAUUUCCAGAUCCGAAAACUGAGGCUUUGUCUCCCUUUCAGGAGCCACCAAAGGAGGCCGCUCAGAACUCUCAGCCGCACCAACCAGAAAAAAAUUGGAGCUAUUGUUUCACAGCUCCAAGUUCAAGCAAAAUCCAGAGUGGUGGCUUAGACUACAUGGAUCCAAAUAAUUUUAUGCCUACUCUGAAUUAAUUGAAAAGUGGGCUCAGCCUUCUACAGGUAGCACUACAAGUAAAAUAAUCACUGUCAGCACAAAGUCGCUCAUUUUACUUAACUCGGUUGUAUCUCACACCUUUGUAUGCUUUGUAUUCAAAAUAGGCUGAGAGAUUAUUCAAGAUCAUUUCAUUUCUAUGGUAGAUUUUUAGAGCUAUUUUUGUGAAGAGUCAUUUGCGGAAAUUUAAAAAGUGAACGCGAUAGUUUUUAUUUUAUUUUUUUAAACACAGCCCGCCUGUUUCUGACAUUCAAUAUUAAGAGUGGAUUUGUGCAAUGCAUGAAGAAAAUGGUUAUUAUGUAAUGUCCUUGGUGAAGGAAUGUGGGCUAACAUUUAGAAAUACUGUGAAAAGUGAUAGAACAAUCAGAUUCUCUGACUACUACACCAAUAAUAUCUGUUUUUGGCACAUGUGCCACAAUCCAAAUGCAGAAACACUUAGAGGCCACUCCAGUUUAAGACCUGCAGCAUAUGUGGAAUUGUCAUACUUCUGAAGAAGAGCUUUUUCCUCUCAAUCGAAGUUCAGUCCUCACUCUGUCAGUGGUACUCCUGCCCACAGUGCCUGACUGUGGCAUCUAGGAUUAUCUGGUUAACUGCAUCCCAUUCUUUCAGAUUUCACAUCUAAAACUUGUGACCGGAGUAUGAGUCCUUGUGACAUCUCAGGUGGAGGCUCUUAUGAUGUUAAACCAUGCCAGGACAGGUGCAUCAAGAAGGCUUAUGAGUCAUGAUGCUGGUGCUGACACUGCAAGUCCAACAUAAAUAUGGCAGCCAUCAUGGUAAGCCAGUGAACCCUGGUGCCAGCUGGAAUGGGUGGGAUAAUUGCUACCUCACAGUCAAAGAUUCCCAACCUAAAGUUCUAUGAAAGCAUAGCAGUUCCCCAAAAUGUCAGCUGACUUCCUGAGACUCAUCAAUCUUAGUGAAAUGGCUAUGAUAACAGUAUCCUUGUUGCAUAGUAUAAAGUUGUGCAACAUGAUUUCAUCCCUUAACAUAGAAGGUAGACAGAGCCUGAUCUGAUGAAGGAUAGUGGCAGUACUUUUCCAGCAAACUCCAGGCAGUUAUCCUUGUAAUUACCCACAAUGCCUCAGAUCAACAAAGCAUUGCCCUGGGGCAUUAUGGAUUAGCGAAAUGCCUGUUUCUGAUUGUCAUUGGGGUAUUGGAUGGGGUGCUCAACCAUGGGCCUUGUGUAGUUUCUCAAGAGCGCCACCAACUGAUGAUGGAUGUCCUCUGUGUCAUCAUCUGGUCACUGAAGACCAACAUGUGCUGUUGCUUCAGUAAAAUUGGCCAUAUAAGAUAGAAUGAACACAAGAUAGAAAAAAAUAUGUAACAGGCUGGUCACUGCUAUUAUUCCUACUGUUACUCUAAGACAUCACUAGUGAAAAAUUGCAUAUUCAUUUCAUGUUCUAUGGUACGCAUUUAACAGAUUUUAAAGCCUCAUAUACAGUAGUUUUUUACUAUUAUAUUUUUCUGUUUUUUUCUAUUUUAAAAGAAUCCUAGUUUUGUGAGCUUUUUAAAACCUAUACAAAGUGUUGUAUAUAAAAUCUAAUAUAUUGAUGAUAGUUCUAGGUGGGAGUAAAAAAAAUUUCUAUAUCUAUUUUACUGCUUUGUUUUGCUGUGAUAAAUUAUUGGUACUACUGCUAAUAAUAAUGUGCCAUCAAGUCAAUUCUGACUUAUGGUUACUCUUUUUCAAGGUUUUCCAAGCAGA